CUCUCUCUGUACUACAAACCUUGAACAAGUAUGGAGAUCAUACAACUCUGUCUCACCACCUUGAUUGGUUGGUUGCUGAAAUUUCAAAUUCCAUGUGACCGAAGGAAAAAGGGAAAUCAGAUCAGGGUCACUUAGCAAAUACUUGAUUUGAUCAUCACUGGACGGUGCAUGUCUAGGCAAUGAUUCAUCAUCUGCAGCCACUUAGCAAGCAGAAAUAGGAUUGCAUGUUGACUGAAGAGCCACAUAGCUAGAGAAAGCUGUGCUGUGCCUGAGUAGACUAAUCGCAGACCAUGAAGGGCUUAUGACGUGUAAUUAAGGAACUAAGGACCCACACGUAGAGAAUAAAGUAAAAAAAUUACAUGAGAAGAAACACAGAAACCAGGAGCCAUCUUCUUCGAGUGUGUCCAAGUCAAACGUGGGGCAGCCAUGAGCCGUGCAUGCAACAGAAAAUCUAUGAGAAAAGUGGGAUGGGCCGGCCGCAGGUUCUCUCGACCGACUUGUCCUUCCAAUGGCGCGCCAGAGUCAUGGCUUACCGCUUACCCACACGUGCUAUCUCAACUCAAUAUUAGUAUCCAAUGAAUGAAUAAAUUCUCUUGAAUCCUCAUCUUACACGUAUUAAGUCAUCUGUUCAUCCCACCUCUCUCUUUAUUAAUUCCUCUCCUAUAAAGAUCCCCAGAAUCCACCCUACUCUUCACCAACACUUUUCCACUUGUUCCCUCUGCCUUUGCUCCAACUAUGCAACCUUCUCAGCUCUUCUUUAACAACCCAAAUAGUCCCAUAUGUGAAAUUGAACCGAAAAUGUGGGCACCCAUGAAGAAAAACUCGGCAAAAUCUCCGUCUUUUACAUGUAAAAUUCAUGUUAGGCCAUCGAGGAAGACGCCCCCCAUCCCUACAACACCCAUGCCGAGGCCUGAGCCAAAGCCACUGAUCCAACCUCAACCUUCAGCUCCGCCCAAGCCCGUGCCUAGACAGCCCUCCGAGCGAAACCCACUUCAGAAAUUGGCAGCGGCAGUGUUGGACAAGGUGGAGGCCUCCAUAAUAGAGGAACAUAUGGAGAAGAAGCAUCCGCUACCACGGGCGGUGGACCCAGCCAUUCAAAUAGUUGGGAAUUUUGCUCCAGUGAAGGAGUCGCCUGUUCAGCAUGGGCUCAAGGUAGCCGGUCGAAUCCCCGCAGACCUCCGUGGUGGGGUUUACGUGCGGAAUGGAGCAAACCCCAUGUUUGCUCCGACCGGAGGACACCACCUGUUUGACGGAGAUGGCAUGAUCCAUGCCGUGUCGUUGGACUCUGCUGACAGAGCUAUCUACAGUGGCCGGUUGACGCGCACAAGCCGACUUGUGCAAGAAGCGGCAAUGGGGAGGCCCUACUUCCCAAAAGCAAUUGGAGAGCUGCAUGGCCACUCGGGUAUUGCUCGACUGGUGCUCUUCUGUGCGCGCUCCAUGGCUGGCUUAAUCGACGCAAGCCAAGGCAUCGGAGUGGCCAAUGCUGGGCUUGUUUACUUCAAUGGCCGACUGCUUGCCAUGUCCGAGGACGACCUCCCCUAUCAUGUCAAGAUCACGGUUGACGGUGACCUCGAAACAGUUGGGCGGUACGACUUUUGUGGGCAGCUCCGAUCACCGAUGAUCGCACACCCCAAAGUGGACCCAGCGACGGGUGAGCUUUUCACCCUGAGCUACGACGUGGUCAGGAAGCCUUAUCUCAAGUUCUUCAAAUUUGACGCGCGCGGUAGAAAGUCCCCCGACGUUGCCAUCUCCCUCCAACAACCAACCAUGAUCCACGACUUCGCUAUAACUGAGAAUUCCGUCAUCAUCCCUGAUCAUCAAGUCGUUUUCAAGCUCUCCGAGAUGGUUCGCGGCGGAUCGCCGGUUGUCUAUGACCAAAAGAAAACUUCCCGAUUCGGAGUCUUGCCGAGAUAUGACGUAGACGAGUCCAGAAUUCAAUGGAUUGAUGUGCCCAACUGUUUCUGCUUCCACUUAUGGAACGCGUGGGAAGAGAACUCCAGCAACGGUGACAAAUUAAUCAAGGUCAUCGGAUCCUGCAUGACUCCUCCAGACUCUGUAUUUGCGGACCGGAACGAGCCGCUUCGCAGCGUCUUAUCAGAAAUUCAGCUAAACUUGACAACCGGUGUGUCCAGUCGUCGGGAAAUUGUGUCGGGAUUGAAUUUAGAAGCAGGGCAAGUUAACAAGAAACUGCUUGGCCGGAAGACCCAAUACGCUUACCUCGCAAUUGCCGAGCCGUGGCCGAAAUGCUCAGGUUUUGCCAAGGUCGAUUUGGAGACUGGAGAGGUAAAGCAGUUUGUUUAUGGUGAUGGGAGGUUCGGCGGAGAGCCGUGUUUCGUGCCUGCUGGGCGCCAUUCUUUAGAUUUAUCAGCUGGUAGUAAUGAAGAUGAUGGGUAUGUCAUGAGCUUUGUCAGGGAUGAGAAGACUGAGACAUCCGAGCUGGUGGUGGUGAAUGCUUCGACCAUGAAUCAAGAAGCUUCAGUAAAGCUUCCUUCAAGGGUGCCCUACGGCCUCCAUGGUACUUUUGUUAGUUCUGAAGAUCUAAAAGCUCAAGCUUUUGGUUUUAAAUGAUAAACCGUUUUUUUUUUCCUACUUUUCUUUUUCGUUUCUGUUGAUUUCUCCCUUGAAGGGUACAAACAACCUACAUAUACAAAAACCUGUAUAUUCUAAAUGUGAAAAAUUAAUAUUUGUAAAAGG